UAAAUUGUAUUUUACAGAAGACCUUGAUCAAAUGAUCUUAGACGUCAUAAUAAAUGCACAUUUACCAUUCAAUUUGGUUUCUCAUGAAAGUUUUAAAACAAUUAUUUCCAAAGGCUAUCCUGGAAGAACUGUAUUAUGUCGCCAGACUUUAAUGAAACGUAUAGAUAAUAGCUAUAAAGUUGCCUUUGAUAAAUUAAAGAACAAGUUGAAUUUGGUUGAAUUUGUAUCAACGACAGCCGAUGCUUGGUCUACAUUUAAAAGAUCAUACUUAGGAAUUACUGUUCACUGGAUCGAUACAGAAACAUUUGAACGCCAAUCUUAUUUGCUAUCUAUAAAACCUUUGAAAGGUAAACAUACUUAUGAUGUACUGGCUAGAGCAAUGGAGUCAGUAUAUACUGUUUUUGACAUAAAUGAUAAAAUAGUGUACUCAACAACAGACAAUGGAUCAAAUUUUGUCAAGAGUUUUAAGUAAGAUUGAAUUAAAUUUUUAUAUAAUUUAUUUAUUAGGACUAUUA